ACCACUGCCACCGCCACCACCACCACCACCAAGCUGGGCCGGAGUUGCCGGUACUGGCAUUUGAAGGUGAUGGCCCUGACUGAAGGCCUUGUGCUGGCGUCUCUCGCUGUUCCUGCAGCCGCUGCCGAGGUGUCGGUCCGCUCAUCAUGAGAGGAGACAGAACCCUAAAGCAAAGAAAUCUGGAUCACAGAAAAAGUAUUCAAAGGUCAUGCAAGCCAACUGUAGCCAACUGCACAGUCCUCCAGGAGCUGCAGGCAGUGAGGAUGCCUCAGCCUCCCAGUGUGCCCAUACAAGAUUGACAGAAGGUUCUUGUCUUCAUUCUGGAGAUGUUCAUCUCCAGAUAAACUCCAUCCCUAAAGAAUGUGCUGAAAAUCCAGGCUCCAGAAAUAUAAGGUCAGGUGUCCAUAGCCGUACCCAUGGAUGUGUACAUAGUCGCUUACGGAGUCACUCCCACAAUGAAGCCAGGCAGCCUGAUGAGACUGCCACGGAGUCUGGAGAUCAUGGUAGUAGCUCCGUCUCAGAAUUCCGGUAUCUCUUCAAGUGGUUGCAAAAAAGUCUUCCAUAUAUUUUGAUUCUGAGUGUCAAACUUGUUAUGCAGCAUAUAACAGGAAUUUCUCUUGGAAUUGGGCUGCUUACAACUUUUAUGUAUGCAAACAAAAGCAUUGUAAAUCAGGUUUUUCUAAGAGAAAGGUGCUCAAAGAUUCAGUGUGCUUGGUUACUGGUAUUCUUAGCAGGAUCUUCUGUUCUUUUAUAUUACACCUUUCAUUCUCAGUCACUUUAUCACAGCUUAAUUUUUUUGAAUCCUACUUUGGACCAUUCGAACUUCUGGGAAGUACUCUGGAUUGUUGGAAUUACAGACUUCAUUCUCAAAUUCCUCUUCAUGGGCUUAAAAUGCCUUAUUUUAUUGGUGCCUUCUUUCAUCAUGCCUUUUAAAUCCAAGGGUUACUGGUAUAUGCUUUUAGAAGAAUUAUGUCAGUAUUACCGAACUUUUGUUCCCAUACCAGUUUGGUUUCGUUACCUUAUAAGCUAUGGGGAGUUUGGUAAUGUAACUAGAUGGAGUCUUGGGAUAUUGCUGGCUUUACUCUACCUCAUACUAAAACUUUUGGACUUUUUUGGACAUCUAAGAACUUUCAGACGGGUUUUGAGAAUAUUUUUUACACGACCAACUUAUGGAGUGGCUGCCAGCAAGAGACAGUGUUCAGAUGUGGAUGAUAUUUGUUCAAUAUGUCAAGCUGAAUUUCAAAAGCCAAUUCUUCUCAUCUGUCAGCAUAUAUUUUGUGAAGAAUGCAUUACGUUAUGGUUUAACAGAGAGAAAACAUGUCCGCUGUGCAGAACUGUGAUUUCAGACCAUAUAAACAAAUGGAAAGAUGGAGCCACUUCAUCACACCUUCAAAUAUAUUAAGUUGUACAAACUAUUAAGACCACAAAACACUAAUUUCUUUUGGUUAAAGUAACUAUUGUUAAAGACAUUACAAUGGAUUUUCAGUGCUAGAAAUUAAGGAAAAUGUUUCAAAAUGGUUUUAGAAUAUUAUAAUAAGACAUAAAUGUAUAGUCCAAUUUAUCAAAAGAUUAAAUGAAAGAAUCCUAUGUUUAAAAAAAUAUAUAAGUAAUCUUCAACCUAAUGCAUAUGCAACAUUUAUUCUAUCCUGUUUAACAGGUCAUUGCAGUGUUAAAUUGUAAAUGUGUUUUCUUGUUAAUCUUACCAAAACAGCAAUUGGAUAACUAGAACUAGUGGUUUUAGAGGAACUCAGGUAUUCCUUCCUGACAUUGUUUUCAGAAUAAAGAAUAUUUUUCAUAGUAUUUUAAGAUACACAUAAUCUGAAAGUAGAAUUUUCUUUAGCAUUGACUUUUAUAAUUCCCAUUCUUAAAAUUUUCAUAAAAUUUGUAUUUUUAAAUGAAAGUUCUAAAUGCUAUAUUUUACCUGUAACAAUCAGAUUUCUAAGUGAAGAUUAAUUUACUGAGGAUGAUAUAUUUUAAUAUUGUAUUAUUCUCUGUAGUGUGAUUAGCAAUCAAUGAGAAUAGAUGAUUUAAAUUCAUUGUGUUUGUGGACCUCAUACGCACAAUCCUGCUGUCAGCUUUAAUGUUCAUGAUCUUGCUUUUUGUUUAGUGCCAUGGACUAUCUUGACGUAACUAUUAAAAUAAUUCACAUGGAUUACAAACA